AUGCCUGACGAUAAGCAAAGUAAAGAUGAGGCAUCACAAAGUGAACAGAGCAUAUUGAAUGUUCAAUCGUCCAUUGAAAGAUUUAAUAACCCUGACGAAGAAAAGGCUAAUGAGGCUUUUCGUGAAGAGGUAGAAGAAAUUUAUGUUUGCGCGAAAACAAAAAUAAUGACAUUGUUAUCGGACAUGAGGGGCAACACAACUGCUGCUGAGCAUUUAAAUGCAACAUAUUUUCCAGAGCACCCCCGCCCUCGCUCAAAGUUAGAACCAAUAAAACUACCUACGUUUUCCGGUAAAUUCUCAGAAUAUCCUAAUUUUAUGGGAUUAUUUACGAAUUUAGUUCACAAAGACGAAAGCCUUGACACUUUGCAAAAGUUUAAUUACUUGCUCAGAUAUCUUUCUGGUUCAGCAUUGGAUGCUGUAAGAGACUUUAAUGUCGUUAGCUCAAAUUAUCAGAAAGCACUAGAUAGAUUAAAGGCCCGCUUUGAUAAUAAGACUCUUUUAUUUCAAGAGCACAUAAAUAGUUUGUUAGAAUUUCCAAAACUUUCUAAAAUAUCUGCUUCAUCUUUACGUCAUUUGGAGGAUAGUUUUAAUACACAUUUCACUGCAAUGCUUGCAAUAGGAAAUUACGAAGACAUAGCUUCCUCGAUUUUGAUCUCGUUAGCUAUGGAUAGAGUGGAUGAAGAAACUCAAUCGAAAUGGCAGGAUGAAAUGGACUAUAAUAAGCUCCCAACGUGGGAUGAAUUUAGUAAAGUUUUAGAUCGUCGUUGUAAAAGCUUAGAAGCAAAAGAAGCUAGGAUUCCAAAGCCAAGCACUUCUGCUAAGAGUCAGGCGAAAUCCGAUCAUUCAAGUUCGCAAAAUAGUGGAAAAAAGCAGUUUAGGAAAUUUAAAGCUACAACGUUAGCCGCGGAGCGCAUACAAUGUGAAUAUUGUAAGUCCUUGCAACACUUUAUUGAUUCUUGUCCAGAAUUUGAUAGCUUGCCAGUGGGAAGGAGGUUCCUGGAAGUUAAAAAGCGUAUCCUUUGUAUAAAUUGUCUGGGAAAGGAUCAUUCUGUGCGACAUUGUACUAAGCCAAAGUGCAGCAUUUGCUCGUUACCUCAUAAUAAGCUACUCCAUAGAUUUUCGGUCAAUAAUGCGAACGAUAGCUCAGGCCAGGGCCAGUCUAGCUCUGCUUCAUUAGUUGGCAGGUCAUCUAAUCAAACUAUUCUAGCCACAGCUGUUGUCUUAAUUAAAGAUAGUUAUGGUAAUUUUCAACCUGCGCGUGUUUUGUUAGACUCGGCCUCGCAAUUAAAUUUCAUAACUGAAAGUAUGGUGCAAAGACUUAGACUAUCAAAAUCCAAGUCAGAUAUACAAAUAAGUGGAAUAGGGAACGGGGUCACAAAUGUCCGAUACACCACAAAAUCGGUUUGUAGAUCCAGGAUUUCUGAGUUUGAGACUGAAUUAGAGCUUCUUGUAAUCAAAAACAUUACUAAUCAUCAGCCUAGCAAAUCAUUUGAGGUAGAGAGUUGGAAAAUACCAAAAAAUAUUGUAUUAGCAGAUCCAAACUUCAACGAAACUGCUAAAGUUGAUAUGUUGAUAGGCGCAGACCAUUUCUUUGACCUUUUAUCGAUUGGUCAGAUCAAAUUGGAAGAGAAGCUUACUCUUCAAAAGACCCUUUUUGGAUGGGUCGUUUCGGGAUCAUAUGAUUCAUCAGAUGUAUCAGCCAGGACAGUUUGCCUUGUAGGAGGGGAGCAGUUGUCGAAAGACGAAUAUCUCCACGAACGUGUUGAAAAGUUGUUUGAAAUAGAAAACUAUCCCAUAACUUCUGAACUGCUUAACCCUGAAGAAGAAAAAUGUGAAGAACAUUUCAAAAAUACAGUAGAGAAAAAUGGGGAAGGCAGAUAUGUUGUGAGUUUUCCGUUUAAAGAAGAUCCAUCGGCAUUAGGAGAAUCCUUUGAAAUAGCAAAAAAGAGAUUUAUGUCGUUGGAAAGGAGGCUUAUGAAGAAUAUCGUUGUAAAAGAACAAUACGUAAAUUUUUUGAAAGAGUAUGAGGAUCUAGGACAUAUGUCGGAAGUUAGUGAUGCUGAGACUAAAAAUAUGAAGUACUUUUGCCCCCAUCAGUACGUGCUCAGACCGGAAUCAACAACUACAAAACUUAGAGUAGUUUUUGAUUGUAGUGCUAAAACUUCAUCCGGUAAAUCCUUAAACGAUAUUUUAAUGAAAGGUCCGAUAAUGCAAGAUGAUCUUUACUCAAUUAUAUUACGUUUUCGCUGUUACAAAUACGCACUUACAGCUGACAUCUCCAAAAUGUACCGCCAAAUAGUAGUGAAUCCAAAUGAUCGUAAAUACCAAUGUAUUCUUUGGAGAUCUAAUCAAACGGAUCCGUUAAAGGUGUACCAGUUAAAUACAGUGACCUAUGGAACAACUUCGGCGCCUUAUUUAGCUACCCGCUGUUUAAAGACAUUGUCAGAAGAAGGUGCAAGUAUGUUUCCAUUAGGUUCAAAAGUUCUGAAUGAGGAUUUUUAUAUGGACGACCUAAUCAGUGGGGGAGAUUCGCCAGAAGAAAUUUUUGGUAUAUAUGAAGAAGUUAGAACCCUUUUACUUAGUGCAGGCUUUGAGCUUCGUAAGUGGUGGUCGAAUGAAAAAACUUUGUUGGAUGUCGUACCAGAAGUAGAACGAGAGAAACCACUUAGAAUAAAUGAUGCAGACAUUAUUAAAACUUUAGGAAUCAAAUGGAAUCCAUCUUCAGACGAGCUCCAGUAUGUGAUUCCAGAAAUUAAGUUAAACCAGAAAAUAACAAAGCGCAUUAUUCUAUCUGAAUUGUCUACUCUAUUUGACCCAUUGGGGUUAGUUAACCCAGUUGUUGUGAAAGGUAAAAUUCUGUUGCAAAGCUUGUGGGUAAAAAAGACUGAUUGGGAUGAAUCAGUUCAAGCACGAAUUUUUACUGAAUGGGAAGCUUUUCGAAAUCACUUGAAAGAGUUGGAAUUGGUCAAAGUUCCGAGAUAUGUGUUAAGCUUGAGGUCAAGAAACACACAAAUUCAUGGAUUCUCGGAUGCAUCUUUACGUGCAUAUGGCUGUUGUGUUUAUUUAAGGUCUGUUGACGAAAAUGGGGUAGUUUCUUGCAACUUGAUAACGGCAAAAUCCAGAGUAGCGCCUAUAAAAACUCAAAGCUUGCCAAGAUUAGAGUUAUGUGCAGCGGAAUUGCUUGCUUCUAUUAUUUUAAAGAUUCUUCCAAAUUUCUCGCAUAUAGUUGACGAUAUUUACUUAUGGACCGAUUCCGAAAUAGUGCUUUGUUGGUUGUCAGCACAUCCUUCGAGUUGGGAAGUAUUUAUUGCGAAUAGAGUAUCAAAAAUACAAACAAAUUUGCCCCAAGCUACUUGGAAGCAUGUAAACACAAAACAAAAUCCUGCAGACAUUGUAUCUCGGGGUGCCUAUGCAAGUGAGUUGAUGGACAGCAUGUGGUUUUCGGGUCCAAAAUUCCUUAAAUUGUCACAAGAUAUGUGGCCUAAACAAAAAGAUUUGUCAAUGAUAAGAAAAGAUACUCCUGGAAUGCGAAAAUGUAAUGUAGUUCUUUUGGCGAAAAUUAUAGAUGAUCACUUUGAGAAUAUGUACUUGCGUUUUAAAAGCAUUGACAAAACAUGUCAAAUAUUUGCGCUUAUACUUCGCUGGAUCAUCGUAGUUCGCAAAAAGAUGAUAAUUAAGAAAGAAGAGAAAGAACAAAAAGAAGAAAAAACAGUUUUUGAAGAAUAUGAGCUUCGUUAUAAUUCACCUAUCAGAGCUGAUGAGAUUGACAAUGCGCUGCUCAGAAUUCUUUGGAAUAUUCAACAAAAGAACUUCCAUGAGGAAAUUUAUAAAUUAAAAAAAGAAGACAUAAUUAGCCCUACGAGUCCCGUCAAAAAUCUCAAUCCUUUCCUCGACGGUGACUCAUUUAAACUCCUUAGAGUGGGUGGGCGUCUGCAGAAUGCGGACAUACCUUAUUCUGUAAAAUAUCCCAUCCUUCUUCCUAAAUCUAAUCCUUUUGUCAAAAACCUUUUAACUUUUUUACAUAAUAAAAAUUACCAUGCAGGUCCCCAAGCUCUAGUUGGAAUAGUGCGGCAGAGGUUCUGGGUGCUAGAUGUACGCACACUUGCAAAGAAAGUCGUUAGUAGCUGUUGGACUUGUUUCAAAUAUAGACCAAAGAUGUUGGGUCAAAUUAUGGGCAAUCUGCCUACCGACAGAGUGCAGCCUGCAAGAGCAUUUUUAAAGAGUGGUGUAGACUUUGGCGGUCCGUUCCAAACGACUUACAAGCUGCGAGGGCAAAGAACUUCAAAAUCUUAUGUAGCCGUCUUCGUCUGUUUCGUUGUGAAGGCGGUCCAUCUGGAGGUUGUCUCAGAUUUAACUACUGAAGGGUUUAUUGCAGCACUUAAACGAUUUGUAGCAAGGCGAGGUUUAUGCAAGGAUCUGUAUUGCGAUAAUGGAACGAAUUUUGUUGGGGCCCGUAACCAGUUAGAAGAGUUCAGGCGAAGUUUUCUUGACCAGAAAACGGAACAAAGAAUAAGUCAAUGGUGUGCCGCAGAGCGAAUUCAGUUCCAUCAUAUACCUCCAAAGACUCCACAUUUUGGUGGGCUAUGGGAGGCCGCCGUAAAGUCAGCCAAAAAACAUCUCGUUCGCACCGUCGGGGAAACUUCCCUUACCUUUGAAGAACUGUCAACUGUUGUGGCUGAUAUAGAAGCUAUAUUGAAUUCCCGUCCAAUGUAUGCGAUGUCCAAUGACCCGAGUGAUGAAGAAGUCCUUACUCCUGGUCAUUUUUUAAUUGGUGGUCCAUUAAAUGCAAUAGUCGAACCAGUGGUCACUGACUACAAGAUGCCUACGUUGAAGAGAUGGCGACAGCUGACGUUGAUAAAGCAGCAUUUUUGGAAUCGAUGGUCGAAGGAAUAUCUGGUAGACUUACAAAGACGAGUAAAAUGGUCUGAUUCAUCUCAAAAUGCCAAAAUUAAUAGCCUAGUUCUCGUUGGGGAUGACAAUGCACCUCCACAAAACUGGCUAAUGGGACGAAUAACAAAUUUGAUUCAAUCUUCAGAUGGGAAGGUUCGUGUUGUUGAUAUCAAUACCAAAAAGGGCGUUAUUCGAAGGUCAAUUCAUCGGAUAGCACCGCUUCCACUAGAUGAUUGA